UUAUGAGCCAGCCGACAGUACGAGGGGCCUCAUGGUGAAACGCACGAGAAAAAAACCCUACUGGAGCAAACUUCUCCUGCCAGCCACAAGUCUGCGCCUCGCCCACGUUCUCCACGACUCCUGUCCUGCUCGCCGUCGCAGCGGCCUCGCAUCGCAGCCCCUGGGCUCGGGCAGCACGGAAUAAAGAGAAGUCCUGCUCCUGAGGGACAUUGUGUUUCCGCAUCAGUUCCUUCUCAUGGUGGACUGACACUGACUGUAGAAACUUCAGCAAUUAAAGGAAUUGGUUCCUGGGUUAUUUUAGUUUGUAAAAAAGUAUUUCCUCAAAUAUGGUGGCCUCUCUAGAUAAUGUGAGAGGCUUGACUUUAGCCAUGUCAUCCAGUGCAUUCAUCGGUUCAAGCUUUGUAAUCAAGAAAAUUGGGCUGAAGAAGGCUGGGGAUUCUGGGGCUAGAGCAAGAGCAGGUUCUGGAGGUCAUUCAUACUUGUAUGAACCAUUAUGGUGGCUGGGAAUGGUCACUAUGAUUCUGGGCGAGAUAGCAAACUUUGCAGCAUACGCAUUUGCCCCUGCCAUACUUGUUACUCCUCUAGGAGCUCUGAGCAUCAUAUUUAGUGCAGUGCUCGCACACUUCAUCCUGAAAGAGAGAUUGCAUAUGUUUGGUGUUGUUGGUUGCAUCUUGUGUGUUGUUGGGUCUGUUGGUAUAGUUUUGCAUGCCCCAAAGGAGAGGGAGAUUAAUUCAGUGGAGGAAAUAUGGCAUUUUGCAACUCAGCCAGGUUUCAUUGUUUAUUCAUGUGUGGCUGUGGUUGGUGCUCUUUUUUUGAUUUUCUGGGCUGUCAAACGCUCUGGUCAUAGGAAGAUGCUCGUCUAUAUUGCAAUCUGUUCACUAAUGGGAUCACUCACGGUUAUCAGCGUAAAAGCAGUUGCCAUUGCCUUGAAGCUGUCAUUUAGUGAAUCAAACCAAUUCAUCUACGUCCAGACGUGGUUCUUCAUAUUUGUUGUCAUUAUUUGCUGCUUGGUGCAGUUGAACUAUUUAAACAAGCCACCCCAACUCGGCGGAUCGCUCCCCAUGUCUACUGCUCAUCCUCUGCUCGCCUCCCAUCAGGCCUCCAUGAUUCGGCACGCAGACGCCAAAGCUUCCUCUCAACGCGACUACCUACCGCCAUUCUUUGGUCCUCCUACGAGCUCUGCCCGACGAGACGAGGUCGGCCUGCGGGCGUGUAGCCCCUCGACACCGGCAGCGGAGAGUUCAUGCGAGUGCUUGAUGCGGUUGGCGGUGACGCCCUCGGCGGUAAGCCACACGGGGGAGCUAGUGUCGUGGAUGGAGGCCUGCUAAUCACAGGAAUGCCAUAUCGGCAUGCUUUCCGCGUAGUCGCGACAAGGAGGACGAGCGUGAGGAGAUACGAAGGAAGAAGAGAAACUGUAUGGGAUCGGGUAUAUGUAAAUCGCGUUUUUGGAAAAACCACUAAUACUCGUUUUUCCAUAAACGCAAAAUUCUGGGUUUUACGAGAACUGAGUUUCCUAUAUCCAUGGUUUGUUACAGCGGCCAAACAAGGUUUUAUUCUGUUAGUCUGUUUUCCUAGUUUAUGGCGAUCGGGUUUUGUAUAUUCUGCUUAUCCAAACAACCCCUAAAGCAUCUGAUGGUUUAUCUCUUGAUUUUCCAAGCAUAUUUCUGUUUGUUUUUAACUGAUAAUCUUAGCAAGCAGAGUUUUCUUAGUAUAGAAUAUCUUUGUAAGCAUGCUAUUGGUUUAAAUGGGAAACUUGCAGAUUCUUUGUUUAGUUUAGAUUUUGCAAAUGUAAGGACACUUGCAAGAGCCUGGUAAUAAAUUUAUCCUUCUCUCAAUCCUGACUAGUUAGUCAUCCAAAGAUAACUAACACAAAAUAUUGCUUUAAAAGAAAAAAGCAGGUAGAAUUCUAAAUUAUUCAUACAAAUGGUGAGUUCUUGUUCUACAAUGUUUUACGGAUAUCUUAAAUGCUGCAGAAAGAGGUUAAUCUGA